ACAGAGUGCUUUUAUAUAAAUUUUAUAACCUUGAAGUUUAAAAUUUUUUUAUAAUAUAAAUGCAAAUAUUAAGAUUACAUAUUAUGUUUCGAAAAGUAUUUUAGAUAAAUUUCAAGUCUCUAGUGAUAUUAGUGAUUUCGUAGAUAUUAUAAGAUUUAAAUUAAGUAAAGUGAACAUGAUUACAAAAUUGUUUACGUUAUUUCUGUUCUGGGUUAAUGUUUUUUCGAUAAAUAUUAAAGAUUUAAAUCUUCCUCCUGAACAUUUCGUAUAUUUAUUCAAUUCUUUUCCUGAUAUUGCCGAAUCUUGUUCGAAGGAUAGAAAUUGCCCAUACAAAUCAUUUUUAGAUAGGAAAGCUUGUUGGGGCUAUGAAACAGAUUGUAAUCCAAAAAAUUCAUAUCAUGUACGGCCUCGUUGUCCUGGUGAUCAUAGAGGCUGGGUUAAAUCAAAACAAGCUCAAUAUGAAACUUUCUACACUCAAGCUGAUUUUGGUUAUGUAAAAGAGCAAAUAGAUGAACUAAUGGUAAUGUGUGAAGCCUCUAUUCCUGAUGACAGUUCUCUGGAGUGCUCUAAAUAUUUAAGAUUCUGUAGAGGUCGGAAUCUCUUGCUCAACUUUACGGGCCUUCUUGGACGUGGAAACAAUUUAAGAUAUAAAAUGGAUAUUCUUGGACCUGGUCAGAUUGGUGGACAUUGCAAUUUUUAUUCUGAUCGGUUAAUGAAAGAAGCUGAGCAUAUGAGUGCAUUACAGUCCUGGGCACCUGAAUUUGUAAAUUUUAUAAAAACACCAGAAAGACCCAUAAAAGAUGGCAAAUGUGACAUUGUCAUAGAAAAACCAACAUACAUCAUGAAAUUAGAUGCAACUGUGAAUAUGUAUCACCAUUUCUGUGAUUUCUUUAACUUAUAUGCUUCAUUGCAUGUCAAUUCAACCCACCCAACAACAUUUUCAAAGGACAAUCACAUACUUAUUUGGGAAACCUUCACUUACGAAUCUGCAUUCAAAGAUGCUUUUAAAGCUUUUACUGUUAAUCCCAUUUGGGACUUAAAAAGUUUUAGAGGAAAAGUUGCAUGUUUUAAAAAUGUUGUGUUUCCACUUUUACCACGCAUGAUAUUUGGACUUUACUAUAAUACACCUGUGGUAAGUUUUCAACAUAGCUGUUUGCUGCAAACCGCAGCUGAAUUAUUCAUAAAGUAA